AUGUGUCAAUCUUCCUGGCAUGACUUCCUCCUUGGCCUUCCCAAGUGCGAGCACCACGUGCACUUGGAAGGCUGCCUCACCCCCGAGCUGAUCUUCCAACUGGCCGAGAAGAACCAAGUCCAGCUUCCCGACCCCAAGUCUGAACCCGCCUACGAGUCUAUCGAGACUUUGACUAGCAGAUAUGGUCACUUCAGCUCCUUGGACGACUUCCUCCACUUCUACUUCAUCGGCAUGUCCGUGCUCAUCCAGGAAUCCGAUUUCGCCGAUCUGGCCUGGGCCUACUUCAAGAAGGCUCACGCGGACGGCGUGCACCAUGCCGAGGUCUUCUUCGACCCUCAGGUUCACCAGGACCGUGGCAUUCCCUACGAGACCAUCGUGGCCGGCUUCGUCGCCGGCUGCAAGCGCGCCGAGCAGGAGCUCGGUCUCUCCACCCGCCUCAUCCUGUGCUUCGUUCGCCACCUCCCCGUUGAGUCUGCCAAGAAGACCUACCAGAACAUCCUCGACAACAACCACUUCGACACCGAGGUGAUCCACGGCCUCGGCUACUCUUCCUCCGAGGUCGGCCCUCCCAAGGACAUGUUCCGCGAGAUCUACCUGUCCGCAUCGGCCAAGGGCGUUCGUCUUACCGCCCAUGCGGGUGAGGAGGGUGAUCCUACCUACAUCACCGCUGCCCUGGAGAUGGGCGCGACGCGCAUUGACCAUGGCAUCCGGCUCGUCGAGGACCCGGCCCUCAUGGAGCGUGUGGCUCGCGAGAACAUCCUGUUGACCGUCUGCCCUCUGUCGAACGUUCAGCUCAAGUGCGUGAAGACGGUGGCGGAGGUGCCCAUCCGCAAGUUCCUGGAUGCUGGUGUCAAGUUCUCGCUCAACAGCGAUGACCCGGCUUACUUCGGUGGUUAUAUCCUGGACAACUACUGCGCUGUCCACGAGGCGUUCAACCUUUCCGUGAAUGAGUGGAAGACAAUUGCCGUCAACAGUGUCACCGAGAGCUGGAUCGGUGAGGACCGCAAGCAGGAACUGCUGCAGCGGAUCGAUGCCCACGUCGAGAAGUUCGCUAUUCUGGCUUAG